UCCCCCCACCCCCCACCCCUUUCCCUCUACUUGCACCAGGUAACCAUGUGCGACCGAAAAGCCGUGAUCAAAAAUGCGGAUAUGUCGGAGGAGAUGCAGCAGGACUCGGUGGAAUGUGAUCAGGCCCUGGAGAAAUACAAUAUAGAGAAGGACAUAGCAGCUCAUAUCAAGAAGGAGUUUGACAAGAAGUACAAUCCCACCUGGCACUGCAUUGUGAGGAACUUCGGUAGCUAUGUGACACACGAGACUAAACACUUCAUCUACUUCUCUGGCCAAGUUGCCAUUCUUCUGUUCAAAUCCGGUUAAAGCAUGGACUAUGAGAUCCACCGAUCCAUCCAAAAAAGGACUGCAGCCGAAAUUCCAAAUACCAGAGACUGAAAUCUUCAGCCUUGCCAAGGGAACACCUUGCUCUCGAAGCCUUUAUUGUGCUGUUGUUGUUGUUGUUAAUGUACAGGGGUCUCCUGUGUACUAGUCUGUUCAUCGUGGCUAUAAAAUAAUUAGCAAA